CCUGUCCUGCUAUAUUUGUUUGCACACCUAUCUCUGUCUCACCAGUAGACUGUAAGCUCCUUGAAGGUGGGGGCCAGCUUUAUUCAUCCUAUAUUCCUAAAACCCAGCAAAGGGCCUUAAAUCAGUGUUCCUGCUGGUGUGCAUCCGUGGCAACCUACCUGGCAACCAGGAGUCAGUUGGGCUGAAGCCCUGAACCCAACUGUCAGAGAGGGACCGAGGCUAAGGUUUGGGACUGUGGGUGGAGACGUGAACGCCAUGGAAUCUUCUGCAGGGCCUGGGAUGCCUUUGCCCAAAUACUGCAGUGUGGCCACAACCCUGAAGGCCCCUUGCUGGGACCCAUCCUUCACCUGCCCCUUUGCCCUCCAAGCUUCCUGGCUCACCAGGCACAGCCCCCUCACAAGGUAUGCUUCUUAUCAUUCGUGUUUCCACACCGCCAAUCCGGCAUGGUGGGAGCCUGGCUGGCUGGGAAUUGUUGGAGACGCUGCUGACACAUUGGUACUGGCAAGAAGGGAACCAGAUGGCUUUUAUUACCGGGCUCAGAUAAAGGCUGCUCCGGAGCUGGAGAGACAGGGGAUCCUGCUGGUGGAAUUUGAGGCUCCCUUUGUCACAGGUCUAAAGCUGCCAGCCCAGCAGCAGAGUGUGGUCCUGAAAGAAGAUGUCAUUCCAUUCUCACUAUCCAUGGAAUGUGCAUUGCAACCCGGGGACAAGGUGCUGGCACUCUGGGAGCCAGAUGGACAGCGAUAUGGCCCUGGCACUGUUCUCUUGGGCUUGGAGACCAGAGACCUUCAGAGAGCAUCGAAGGAUAAAGAAAUCACUGUUCACUUUUGGAAUGGCAAGACAGCUAAAGUGCCUCGUGGUGGGGUCAGGUGGGUGCCCCCAGCCGUCUGGAAGAAGGCUGUGGAGAGGCUGCACAAGCCUUUCACCAGGGAGCAUUCCAGCCCUCUCCUCUGGGCCCCUUGCUCCUCUCUGCUGGGACCAGUCACCUUAUGUGUCACCAACGGGCCUCCUCCAGGCACUCCAUUCCUGUGCCCUCCCUGUCAGUCUCAUGCCUGCUGCCAGCUGUUAUGCCAGGGCUGCCUCUGCUGCUGCCCCUUGGCUGGAACCACCUGGUGGUCUUUAACUGGGACCUCUGAGAUUCCAGCCAGAGAACAUACAGGGACAGAGCCGAAGCCCAAAGCCCAGCUUUUGCCCCUAGAGGGUCCUAAAGAGGAGGAAGUAGCAGUGCGUGCACCCAUGACUGUUUCAUUCUCCUCCUCCUCCUCCUGCUCUUCUGAAGAAGAGGAUUUGGAGAAUGAUCUGGAGAUGGGCCUUCCCCAAAGACUGAUGGUGAACAGGACUGUCAACACAGACCCAGUCCUUCUCGAGAAAUUUCCAAGGCAGCGUGACCUCUGCCAGCCUGAAUGGAGGUAUUGGAGGAGAAAUGGCCCCGAACCGUCACAUGCUAGGAAGCCAGGAACAGGACAUUGGAAAGAAGAGAAGGACAACAAACAACAGAGAACGCAAACUGUAGUAGCAGAGAACACCAAGGAACUGGGCCAGGAGGAAACCAAGGUGACGAUGCCACUGCAGAUGCUGCCAGAGGAUCGCGAACACAGAAAUGGAGUGAGGGCUCUGAGACCCAGCCAAAGGGACAGGAGUUCCCCUUAGAUUAAAAGCUCCAAGGACCCAGGUAAAGAAGAAUGGAGGGAUGGGCUUCUUAAGGACUCUACGAUGUUCUUAGACCUUCUGAAUCAUAACUCCUUUGAGAAUGAUAAAACCCACGACUCCUCUUCCCAGAAAAAUGCAAACACCUAAAUUUUCCAUACAGUUUCAGAAGGCUUACAGAACCCAAGUCCCAAGGUAAUCAAAAUGACCCUCUACCUCCAUGGUGACGGGCAAGGGUCUGUCUUACUAGGCCCUAGGUCCAUUGGAGUCUUUUCCUCACUGGGAACACUAAUAUAGCUCUACUUAAAACUUACAUUUUCAUCAUAUAAAAUACUGGCAUUUUUCCUGAGGAAAGAUCUGUUAUAUUCAAGAUAAGAUGAAUCACCAGGCAACUAACCCGGGAGACACAGCAAUACUGUUGGUAUGGUAGUGAAAAAAAGUUUGAGAUACAUUGAUGCCUCUGUAAAAUCAGUGACUUUUGAGUAUUAAAAAUACAGUCACAGCAUAAGACUCUCAGGAUUUUUUUCUUAUAGGAAGCUAAAGACUAGUGAUGGAGUGACAAGAGUGGCUAACAAGGGCUUCUUCAAUAGAAGGCAGUAAAACACAGGCCACAGGUGACAGCUGAAUAAGCAGCAGCAUGUUCACCCAAUGAGACUCCCUGCAGGGGAGCUACAGGAAGGACCGUCUGUCUUAAGGGGCAUAGGGGUGUGGUAACCCUGUCCCAAGGUUCCCCACAGACAGCUAGGCAGAUGUGGCUGGGGAUGUCCUCUCCAUGGCAGUCAGAGGACUGCCUGCUUUGGGCAAACAUGUCCACAGCCUCUUUGCUGUCUUUUCAUAAAGCCUACAUUUGUAUAUGAGCUACGUGUUAUUUCACUGCUUAAUACCAAUAAAAUAUGAAUUCUCUUCAUCUCAGAAUC